AUGACGGUGUAUAACCUAUAUAUAUAUGGAAAAAAUGGUGAUAACCUAUUUUACCGUGAAUGGACUCCAACAAAGCAAGGUGAAUGUCCAUCUGAUAACGACUUGAAGUUGAUGCGUGGCAUGUUAAUUGGUUUAAAAGGAUUUUGUCAAAAAAUUUCACCGUUGGACUACGAAAUUAAUCGUUUUUCUUACGUUACUAACACAUAUCGUCUUCAUUUUUACGAAACCCCUACACUAAUGAAAAUUGUUUUUACCACUGACAACUCUUGUGCACCAAUGAAUGAUGAACUUGAAGGGAUAUUUCAAAUAUAUACAAAAUACGUUUCACAAAACCCGUUAAUUAAAUCCGAAGGACCUAUUAAAAGUCAGGUCUUUUCUGAAAAACUUGAUCAAUAUGUUCAGAGUUUGCCUGUAUUUAAUAAAUAA